AUUGCGCUUCUAAUCCAAAGGCUUCAUUAACAUCUUUUUAAUUUGGUAAUGCCAUUUCUAGUUUUGGAUUAAAAAAGGAGAGUGCAAAAUAUUAAAUUGUGUUAAUCUGUUGUCUAAAUCUAUUUAACCAAAGCUAUUAGUUCUGUCGGAUCAUUUAGAAUCGCCAACUUGAUUACAGCUUUGCACACUUUUAUUUCAUAAUGCAGCUUGAUGCUGAUUGAGAUGCAUUUCCAACAUACUUGAGUAAGCAUCUAUACAGUAGGAACUGUUUGGUAACAGGAUUUAUAAAAAAAAAAAAAAAAAACUUAUCACAGAUGAUUGCCAGACCAUGAGAAAUUUGUCUACAGAAAUGCAGCCAGAAUGUCUGCAGCCCUUUAAAUAUUUAAAAAUAAAAAAAUCUGAUUGGCCUGUUCAAAACAUUCAUGAGAACGCACUUUACAAAAGCUUCACCUUUAUAAGAGGUGGUGUUUUGAGGUAAAGUUGAAAACAAUUUUGUAAUAAAAUACAUUUUAUUGGUAAGCAUUAAGAAAAAAUGCUUUUGUAUAGUCUGCGUUCAACACUUAAUUACUUUGGAAUAUUUUUUGACACGUUUUUUUUUUUUUUUUGGUUGAAUUUGAAAGGUGUCUUUAAAGGUGUAAAAUCUUCUCAACAGGGAAUCAAUAUGGUAUUUAUUUUCAAUCUUCUCCCAUGGUCAUGAUUUUAAAAAGAUCAACAGCAGACCAGUUGGAACUUCAAUCAAAAGUUGGCUGCUUCAAUCAAAAACAAAGGGAGAAACAACAUAAUGAUAACUGAUUACAUUGUAGUCAAUGUAUGCUUUAUUUUCUGAGUUUUUUGUUGUUAUUAAUAUUAUUGUUAUUAUUCCAUGAUAUGCUAGAGUUUGCCUUUCUUGCCCAAAUCAUUUUCCCAUUUUAAUAACUUAGCCACAUUUUGUGCAUUUUUCUUCUUCCCAUACUCUUGUUUUGUGGUCUUUUGUGAUCUAACAAAAAUAAUCGCUAUUUGCUUUGCUAAAUUACAAUAUUUUGCUGAUCUUGAAAAGGAUACUCUAAUUACAUGAUUAGAUAACAGUCCUUUUUUGAACUACUUGCUUUCCUUUACCUUCUCAGAUGUGUAAUAAUAGCAUGUGCAUGUCUGAUGUAAACACAUCAUUUUUAAGUACUAAUAAAUAAAUGUAUAAGUACUAAUAAACAACCAAUAUGUUAUGUUCUAAUGUAUUGGCUGAUUAUUAGUACUUAUAAAGCACAUACUGCACAAUAUUCUACAUCCCUUAAUCCUACCCCAUACGUAAACUUAACUACCUUAGGAACUGUUAAUAAGCAGUAAUUAGAAGUUUAUUGAGGCAAAAGUGGUAGUUAGUUAAUAAGAAGAAUUGGUCCCCAAACUAAAUUGUGACCUUAUUAUUAAAUACAUACUACACUUUUGACUUAGGCUAAGCAAUAUAAUGAUGACUGUACGCAAAAAUCUGUACGGUUUCAUAAUGAUGAAACUGAAAUUGACAAAUCACUUAAGACUGAUUUCCUUUUCCUUCUCAAGCGUCAAGGUGGAGUCAAAACACUGCUUAAAACUUUCAUGUGGCAUGAUUUCGUUACGCUCGGAGACUAUCUGGCUUUCCAACCAGUCACUAUUUGCUUUUUUUUUUUUUAAAUUUAUUUACUUUUUAAUAAUGUUAGGUUUUAAGUAUGCUCAUAUUGUUCUCUUGUUUCUUAUCACCCCUUCUGUAACUGGUCAUUUCACCUCAGCACACGGGGGUAUUGUUUAUAUCCACAGAGCAAGAAAUUCAUCCAUUGACAUUUCCUGUGAAUCGGCAGAAAAAGAAGAAAAACCAUUUGCCUUUUCGCUGAAACGCAGGUUGCUGCAGUCCAGACGAGUGAUGUAUCUUUCUAAAGGAUUCCCACCGUUUAUCAAUAAAUCUGAGGACAAGGAUCGCGUUACUGUACGUGAUGAGCUGGACAACCACACAGUUCAUCUGACAAUCUCAAACCUGCAAGGACAGGACACAGACAUAUACCACUGUGAAUUCCACUAUGGUGAUCUUCCAUUUGAUAAGAAUGUUGCUGGCAAGAUGGAGUUCUUCAUCUACGUUGAAGACUUGUCUCAUGAGCCUAAUUGUUCAAGUUACCUGCCAUUGCUGUAUGUGAUCUCUGGAGCUGCAUGUCUGCUGGGUGUUCUGGUUUUCACUCUCGCUACAGCUUACUGUUGUAAAUGGCUUAACCGUAGAAAGCCACAGCCUGUAGUUCCUGUUUAUGAGGAGAUGGCCGGGGUGCGGCCCACCAAAGGAAAAGCCACAAGUCGUCACACCGAUAUUGCAAAACUGGAGGAAGCAAACAGCUCUGUGGCCCAUUUGUUCAGCAACGAAAACCUUUAUGUCAAUUGAUUUAACAAAAUGUGUUGACUGGGAAGUGACUCCACUGAAGUGCUGAUGUUCAUGGUGAUGCUCCACCUCACCCACAAAACCUUUCGGAAAAGUUGUUUGUUAGCAUAAAGUUUGUCUUUUCAUCUUUCAUCUAUACCUUCUUGUUAAUGGUACUUCAAGACAUAUCAUUUUAAUGCUACAGAAACAGAAUGUCAGCUUGCAGCAUUUUUGAUAGAGAAAUUCUCUUGUUUUUUUGUCUGUAGCACAAAAUAGUUCUGAUAAAAGAUAAAGUGUUUUGUGAUACACUGGCAACAGUGUUUUUUCCACUGUCUGCACAUUCUCUGCGUUAAAAAAAAGUGUUGUGGUUUCACAAAAAUACAUUGUUGAAGGACCUGUUUAUUGAAAUGUUGGAAAAGGCGGAAACUGAAAAGGAAAAAAUCCAGUUGACAGACUUUCACAUCAUUGUUCUGUUCAGACAUUUGUCAAAUAUUAAAGCAUGCAAAUAACUUAUACAAGAUUGAGUGUUUGCACAGUUUCGCAUUUACACAAGCAGUAGAGGUGACUUCCUGUCUUGUCUCACACUUGGUUGAUUUUGGACUGCAAAUAGUCCAUCAGACAUUUUGAGACAAAAGUGAGAGCAAAGAGUUGCAUUUGUUGGCUUUAAAUAUGAAUGCAAUAUGUUUUUAUUCACUUUGUAACAAAUAAAUAUUUUCUCUCCUUUACAUAU